UUUUUUUCUUUAUCCCAUGCAAAAUGGUUUGAAAUGUAAUUGUUUUUUUUUUUUGUUUUUUUUUUAAACCCUGUGUGUUGGAAAUUCUUUAAUCUGCUGUUUCCUCUUUCCCCCCACCCUCUGAAAGUUUUACAUAAUGUAAGCCUGCAUUAUGUCUUGACUUUCCCCCGGCUCCUCACCUCCGGAGGUACUAAUGCUAUUGCCCGGUGCUGAAAGAUGGCACUGUAAGGUAUGGGAAAGGAAGGAACCCCAAACUACAACCUGCUGUCCUUCACGCCUUCUUUGGAGACUGUUCCAUCAGUGCCGAGGUGUGUGAGAAAAUGCUUUUACUGCAUCGCCAUCUUACUGAGUUGCUUCACGUGAGGAAAAAUGGGGUUUGUGACCCUGCCACUCAGUGACUCAGUUCCACAUUUGGAUUGCAUACUGGAAAAGAAGCCAAUCUUCUGCUAGUAAACCAACAACCCAGCUGUAUGCAGUGGUGACCCAAACAAUGGAUAUAAACCUAAAAAUCUGAGGGAGGGGAGAGGUGGAAUACAAUAGUGCUUGGAAUCUGAAAUCUCAUUUAUUUGAUCAGGUUAUUUGCCGACACUUGACAGAAAUCUGAUUGGUGGGGAUCUCUUAGGAUCUAGUGGACAUCUGGUAUUAAUUUCCUUUCAGGAAAAAUGAGAAUGCCAGUUAACCAGAGAGCGUCUGGGUUCUGGAAUUCAGUAUUAGCCGCCUCAGGACAAUUGUGUCUGGCCUCCAUUUUUGUCUGUUAUUCAGAGCUGGCUUCCAUCUACAGUACCUUUUGCUAUAAGGAUCCGGGGUAGUUGGGUGGAUGGGUUUCUCAUUAAUUUUUUUUUUCUUCCUUCAGGGUGGGGGAUUGGUUUGGCUUUCUUUUGUCGUGGCUUGUUUUCUUUCAUUUUUGGCAAGAUCGAUUUUAGCUGCAAGGACUUGAAAAGACUCUGAAGGAUCCCACCAGUUUUUCCUUGAGGCCUAGAUUUUUGUAUUCUGUCCUGAACAGAAGUCAUUCAUCACAGCCUGCUGAACCAAUAGCGCCAGUGAUUUUAAGCAGAGUUACCUCUUUGGGGAGUUUUUAGUUUUUUGUUUUUUGUUUUUUAAUUCUCUUCCUUAGCAGCAAGGUCUUAUUCCUGGAGAAUCUCCUCCACUGCAGCCUCCCUGCAGCUUCAGGAGCCUUAAUCGAUUAAGUGCUGUCAGCUUGAUGUACUACUCCGGACUCUGGAAACAGAUAUCGAUUCUAUUCUGUAUUUCCACUGUGUGUAGCUAAAACAACAGUCGGAGGCCCGAUGACCUGUUAGACGGCUAGCCUUGUAUAACUCGACUCUGUAUGUUCCCAUGUAUGUUACCGCAAUGCUCCUCCUGUUGUACAGUGUCUGUGAGAUGCUCUUUGAAGAUGGUACUUUUUUUUUUUUCAUUUUCAAUAAAAGUACAUUACCUCCCACUUCCUGGUAUUUAAUCCUGUUGCUGAAUGUGCCUUGUGUGAGUGUGUGCUCCGGCGUUGCAGGACCUCAGAGCUGGAGGUGGCACUCGGUGGUUCUUGGGGGCUGGCUGCCUUCCCUCACUGCAGGUGGUGUUAGACAUAUACUACCUGAGGUAACAUGUUUUUGUUUUUGGGAGGGAGUGGGGAGUGGGGAGGGUCCGUGGGAGGGUUUCUGGAUUUUGGAUAGUCUGCUUUGUUUGCUGUCUUCUGUACUAUUAAACUGCCGAUGUUUAUUUUCAGGAAUGUUUUGCAAAUGCACUUCUCACUCUUCCCCAGUCCAACUGCCUUCGUGGUGAAACACCUCUUGGAAUACACCCAGGUCACAGACUCUAACCUCCGGUACAGCUUGCUCUUAGUCCUGGGCCUCCUCCUGACGGAAGUCGUGCGCUCCUGGUCACUUGCACUGACUUGGGCAUUGAAUUACCGAACUGGCGUCCGCUUGCGAGGGGCCAUCCUAACCAUGGCAUUUAAGAAGAUCCUUAAAUUAAAGAACAUUAAAGAGAAGUCUGUGGGGGAGCUCAUCAACAUGUGCUCCAAUGACGGGCAGAGGAUGUUUGAGGCAGCCGCCGUUGGCAGCUUGUUGGCUGGAGGACCCAUUGUUGCCAUCUUAGGCAUGAUUUAUAAUGUAAUUAUUCUAGGACCAACAGGCUUCCUAGGAUCAGCUGUUUUUAUCCUCUUUUACCCAGCAAUGAUGUUUGUAUCCCGGAUCACUGCAUAUUUCAGGAGAAAAUGUGUGACCACCACUGAUGAACGUGUUCAGAAGAUGAAUGAAGUCCUCACUUACAUUAAAUUUAUUAAAAUGUAUGCCUGGGUCAAAGCAUUUUCUCAAAUUGUACAAAAAAUCCGAGAGGAGGAACGUCGGAUAUUGGAAAAAGCUGGAUAUUUUCAGAGCAUCACUGUUGGUGUAGCUCCCAUUGUGAUGGUGAUUGCCAGCGUGGUGACAUUCUCUGUUCACAUGACCCUUGGCUUUGACCUGACGGCAGCACAGGCUUUCACAGUGGUGACUGUCUUCAAUUCCAUGACUUUUGCUUUGAAAGUAACACCAUUCUCUGUAAAAUCCCUCUCGGAAGCAUCGGUUGCUGUUGACAGGUUUAAGAGUUUGUUUCUGAUGGAAGAGGUUCACAUGAUAAAGAAAAAACCAGCCAGCCCUCACAUCAAGAUAGAGGUGAGAAAUGCCACCUUGGCAUGGGACUCCUCCCACUGCAGUGUCCAGAACUCACCCAAGCUGACCCCCAAAACGAAAAAAGACAAGAGGGCUGCCAGGGGCAAGAAAGAGAAGGUGAGACAGCUGCAGCGCACUGAGCAGCAGGCGGUACUGGCAGAGCAGAAAGGCCACCUCCUCCUGGACAGCGACGAGAGGCCCAGUCCUGAGGAGGAGGAGGGCAAGCACAUCCACCUGGGGAUCCUCCGCUUGCAGAGGACCCUGUACAACAUCGACCUGGAGAUCGAAGAGGGUAAACUGGUUGGAAUCUGUGGCAGUGUGGGAAGUGGAAAAACCUCUCUCAUUUCAGCCAUUUUAGGCCAGAUGACACUUCUAGAGGGCAGCAUUGCAGUCAGUGGAACCUUCGCUUAUGUGGCCCAGCAGGCCUGGAUCCUCAAUGCCACUCUGAGAGACAACAUCCUCUUUGGGAAGGAAUUUGAUGAAGAAAGAUACAACUCUGUGCUCAACAGCUGCUGCCUGAGGCCUGACCUGGCCAUUCUUCCCAACAGUGACCUGACUGAGAUUGGCGAGCGAGGAGCGAACCUGAGUGGUGGACAGCGCCAAAGGAUCAGCCUUGCCCGGGCCUUGUAUAGUGACCGGGACAUCUACAUCCUGGAUGAUCCCCUCAGUGCCUUAGAUGCCCAUGUGGGCAACCACAUCUUCAACAGUGCUAUCCAGAAGCACUUAAAGUCUAAGACAGUUCUGUUUGUUACCCACCAGUUACAGUACCUGGCUGAUUGUGAUGAAGUGAUCUUCAUGAAAGAGGGCUGUAUUACAGAAAGAGGCACCCAUGAGGAGCUGAUGAAUUUAAAUGGUGAUUAUGCUACCAUUUUUAAUAACCUGUUGCUGGGAGAGACACCCCCAGUUGAGAUUAAUUCAAAAAAAGAAACCAGCGGUUCACAGAAGAAAUCACAAGACAAGGGUCCUAAAACAGGAUCAGUAAAGAAGGAGAAAGCAGCGAAGCCAGAGGAAGGGCAGCUGGUGCAACUGGAAGAAAAGGGGCAGGGUUCAGUGCCCUGGUCAGUAUAUGGUGUCUACAUCCAGGCUGCUGGGGGCCCCUUGGCAUUCCUAGUCAUUAUAUCCCUUUUCAUGCUGAAUGUGGGCAGCACAGCUUUCAGCAAUUGGUGGUUGAGUUACUGGAUCAAGCAAGGAAGUGGGAACACCACAGUGACACAAGGGAACAAGACCUCUAUGAGCAGCAGCAUGAAGGACAAUCCUCUCAUGCAGUACUAUGCCAGCAUCUACGCCCUCUCCAUGGCAGUCAUGCUGAUCCUGAAAGCCAUUCGAGGAGUUGUCUUUGUCAAGGGCACACUGCGAGCCUCUUCCCGGCUCCAUGAUGAACUUUUCCGAAGGAUCCUUCGAAGCCCUAUGAAAUUUUUUGACACCACCCCCACAGGGAGGAUUCUCAACAGGUUUUCCAAAGACAUGGAUGAAGUUGAUGUCCGCCUGCCCUUCCAGGCUGAGAUGUUCAUCCAAAAUGUCAUCCUGGUGUUCUUCUGUGUUGGAAUGAUCGCUGGAGUUUUCCCAUGGUUCCUGGUGGCGGUGGGGCCCCUCUUCAUCCUCUUUUCAGUUCUUCACAUUGUCUCCAGGGUGCUGAUUCGAGAGCUGAAGCGUCUGGACAAUAUCACACAGUCACCUUUCCUCUCCCACAUCACAUCCAGCAUACAGGGCCUUGCCACCAUCCAUGCCUACAACAAAGGGCAGGAAUUUCUGCACAGGUACCAGGAGCUACUGGAUAACAACCAAGGUCCAUUCUUCUUGUUCACGUGUGCAAUGCGGUGGCUGGCUGUGCGGCUGGACCUGAUCAGCAUUGCCUUGAUCACCACCACUGGGCUGAUGAUUGUUCUCAUGCAUGGGCAGAUUCCCCCUGCCUACUCGGGUCUUGCCAUCUCUUAUGCUGUCCAGCUAACGGGGCUGUUCCAGUUUACCGUCAGACUGGCAUCCGAGACAGAAGCCCGCUUCACCUCAGUGGAGAGAAUCAACCACUACAUCAAGACUCUCUCUUUGGAAGCACCUGCCAGAAUUAAGAACAAGGCUCCCUCCCCUGAUUGGCCCCAGGAAGGAGAGGUGACCUUUGAGAAUGCAGAGAUGAGGUACCAAGAAAAUCUCCCUCUGGUUCUGAAGAAAGUGUCCUUCACCAUCAAACCUAAGGAGAAGAUUGGCAUUGUGGGGCGGACCGGAUCAGGGAAGUCCUCGCUAGGGAUGGCCCUCUUUCGUCUGGUGGAGUUAUCUGGAGGCUGCAUCAAGAUUGAUGGAGUGAGAAUCAGUGACAUUGGCCUUGCCGACCUGCGAAGCAAGCUCUCCAUUAUUCCUCAAGAGCCAGUGCUGUUCAGUGGCACUGUCAGAUCAAAUUUGGAUCCCUUCAACCAGUACACUGAAGACCAGAUUUGGGAUGCCCUAGAAAGGACACACAUGAAAGAAUGUAUUGCUCAGCUACCUCUGAAACUUGAAUCUGAAGUGAUGGAGAAUGGGGAUAACUUCUCAGUGGGGGAACGGCAGCUCCUGUGCAUCGCGAGAGCCUUGCUCCGUCACUGUAAGAUUUUGAUUCUAGAUGAAGCCACAGCCGCCAUGGACACGGAGACAGACUUACUAAUCCAAGAGACUAUCCGAGAAGCAUUUGCUGACUGCACCAUGCUGACGAUUGCCCAUCGCCUACAUACAGUCCUAGGCUCCGAUAGGAUUAUGGUGCUGGCCCAGGGACAGGUGGUGGAGUUCGACACCCCAUCAGUCCUUCUGUCCAAUGACAGCUCCCGGUUCUAUGCCAUGUUUGCCGCUGUGGAGAACAAGGUCGCUGUCAAGGGCUAACUCCUCCCUGCUGCUGCCACGUCUCUUUUCCUUGGAGCAUUGCCAUUCCCUGCCUAGGGCAGGCCCCUCAUCACGUCCUCCUGCCGAAACCUUGCCUUUCCCAAUUUUAUCUUUCGCACAGCAGUUCAGGAUUGGCUUAUGUGUUUCAAUUUUAGGGAGAGUCAUAUUUUGAUUAUCGUAUUUAUUCCAUAUUCAUGUAAACAAAAUUUAGUUUUUGUUCUUAAUUGCACUCUAAAAGGUUCAGGGAACCGUUAUUAUAAAUGUAUCAGAGGCCUAUAAUGAAGCUUUAUACGUGUAGCUAUAUCUAUAUAUAAUUCUGUACAUAGCCUAUAUUUACAGUGAAAAUGUAAGCUGUUUAUUUUAUAUUAAAAUAAGCACUGUGCUGAUAACAGUGCAAAUUCCUUUCUAUCAUUUUUGUACAGUUUGCUGUACUAGAGAUCUGAUUUUGCUAUUAGAUUGUAGGAAGGGUAGCAUACUGUUCUUCAGCUGGUGGUUUCACGGUGCCGGGUUCUCUGGAUAUCCAAAAGGAAGAUGUGUGGCAAUAGCGGGCCCUCCAGCGGCCCCCUCUGCGCCUCCGCCCAGCCACUCCCAGGUGGGGUAGAGGGGGUGGCUGGAGGCCAUGCAGAGCGCCGUGAAUUCUCAGGGCUCCUGCUUUCUGUCCUGUUGUCAUUCACUGUUUCUGUCAGGAGAGCAGUGGGGUAAAGCCCCAGACCCCUUUUCACUCCCUCCAUCGGGAAUGAGAAUCACAGAAGAGCAUUCCUCGGACAGGGGGCGUUUUUUUUCCUGCCUUCCUCUUUUUGCUGUUGUUUCUUAACCAGAAUCAAGUCUAUUCCGAGUGUCCCACUGCCUCAGGUUCCUAACGCUGGCCACUGCACAGAGCUCUCCAGCUCCUACACCCGCUGGCUCCAAACCCGGGAGCCAGCUGCUGCUUUCUUCGGUGGUACUUUUUCAUUUGCCUGGUCCCACGCCUCCACGGUUCAGUGACAGGGUUCAGGAGUUUGUGGGUCUGUUCUCUCUCCCUGCAGUUGUCACACAGUCUCUGUCUCUCUCCAAAGUCUGCGACUUUAAGCAGCUCUUGCUAAUCAGUGUCUCACACUGGUGUAGAAGUUUUUUGUACUGUAAAGAGACCUACCUCAGGUUGCUGAUUGCUGUGUGGUUCCGUGUGUUCCCGCAAACCCCCUUGUGCUGUGGGACCAAUAGCUCAGGUGGGCGUGGUCGCUGCUGUCAUCAACUGAAUGGUCAGAGUUGCAUGUCGUGACCAACUAGACAUUCUGUCGCCUUAGCAUGUUUGCUGAACACCUCGUGGAAGCAAAAAUCUGAAAAAGUGAAUAAAAUUAUUUUGGAUUUUGUAAAA